UUUCAAAAUCAUCUACUACAUCAACAUUUCAUUCUGUCAGAGCUAGCAACCUACAAUCCAUCAACACAGCCAUGCCCCCGCCAAGUCGUCCACCGCUGCUCGCUCUUCCUACCCGUGUCAGACUGCUGAUUUACAACUAUGUUGAAGUUUUGGAGGCCGAGGGCGACAUCAAGGGACGAUGCACGGGACUUCUAAACACAUGCCGACAAAUCCGGCAGGAACUUCAUCGACGGUGUCUGCCGGAAGGCCUGACGAGACUCCCCGUACUCACAAUCACUCUCGAGACAAGUUAUAACCCUCUUUACUGGCUCUCCUUCGGCUUUACUUGGCUUACACGCUCUGGAAAACGGAAAUCCACUUUCAGCGUCGCGAGUCUAGAUGACCCCUUUGUCACGCUGCUGCUCCAGCAGGUCAAAAUUGUUGGAGAUGUGUAUGUAUGGAUGGAGGAUCCAAGGGAGCGGAACAACAUGGACUCAUUCUUGCUCCUCUUCUCGAAGGUGCAGGAUGCCGUCUCGUUGUUGCGGAGACUCAAUAUCUGCUGCAUGAAUGUGUAUAUGCAGAGAUGGGCCGAACGCACGGGAGCACCAUUCUGGGAGAACAUCCUCAUAUUUCCAGACGGCUAUGGCGAUUUGAAGUCCAGUCGUCAUCAAGGGGGCCGGUACUACGAAUACCUCUCCCUGCCGUUUGCCGAGAUUGGAGAUUGCGAGACUGGCGAUACCGCCAUGCGGCUAAGACCUUUCCCCGACACGGACAAGUACCCAUGUGAAUUCCGAGCAACGGACAGCCAUGGCGAAGGGCGGUUCCUUGGAUACGAAAAGUUGUUCGACUGGAUCGGCCACAGAAUGGAGUGCCACUAUUGCAGGCGCGGAAAACCACGAUCAUGGCGCUGCAAGAGGCGCUGGAAUCAAUACGAAGGCAUCACUAAAGGGUAUGCAAAGUUGAGAAAGAGGUCGAAUAACCUGGCGCACGAGAUUUACAACCUGGUCAUGACCUGCGAUGGUGGAACUGGUACCGCCUUGGACAGCCUACGCCACCACAGUCUCCUGACACGGAACUCGUCUGAGCUGAACUUUUUGUCGGUCAACAACAGGCGGCAUCGAGUCCACAGCAGCGUAGACUUGCAAGUCCGUGACGGGAAUCGAGGUGCAUGCGAGGAAAGGACACGCAUUAAAAGGGGGCUAAAAAGAAGGAGGCCGUUCACGUGGUGGACGUUUCCGGAUUUUUGAAGAGUGGGCUUUUACGAUGGUCACGCC